AAAAACAGAAAAUUGCAGGAAACUAGCGGCGCUUGCAUACUUUUCCUGAAAUAUUCUCAAUUGUCCCCAUAUAAUUUUUUGUAUAAUCAGGAAUCUGUGACGCUGUACCGAGUAGUUAUUAUUCGCUGUUUAUUAGCGGAUUACUCUACUAUUUUGCGAGGAUCCUGCCUUCGGUAUAGCCUAGUCUUAACCCUCGCAGACGUCCGAAUAACGUCAAGCAUCUAAACUGUUUCCAUAUUGCAAUAUAAGGUUGACGCAAAAGGAUGUUGAAAAAUUGCCCUGAGAAUUCACCCUUGGCGGUUCUGCAUAUGGCGCGAUAGAUGCUUGCGUAUAACAAAGGGAAAAAUAGUCUAACAACAAACCGGAAUAACCCGCUAAGGUGGCUUCCUUUAUUGGGGGGUAACAACUGCCCUCGGAAAAAAAGAAGUCUUUAAACCCAUUUUGCAAUGUAUUAUUGAAGCCCUUAGCCUUAUCUCAUUUUCUCAAUUUUUCCUAUCACGCUGAUUUAAAAUAUGCGCGUGAAAAUUGAAUCUAUGAUAAGCUGGUACGAAAUAGUGCUAAAAAGGAACAUGUAAAAAUGACCAAGGUAUAACAGGGCAUAUAUACCACGUAGGAAUUAAGGACAAGAAAGGAAUAUAUAGCCUCAAUUAUUCAAGACUUUUCUUGCUUUAUUCUAUUUUCCUCUCUCUUUUUUACCUCCUCAAUAGAGCUAGCUGCACCGGGAAAUAAAUCAGUUAUAAAAUAUCCCCAUCACAGAAAAAUAUCCGCACUUCUGUUAAAAAUCGUCGAUCUCCGCGACUUUUUGGAAGUGAAAAUAUAUAUUGACCGGAUAUAUUAUACCACGCGGGUGUUUUGCUUAUAAUUCCCCCCUUUAUUCCCCUGGCAUUAGUUGCCCAGGUUAUUUUCCCAAUUGACUACUCGGAUAAAAAUCAUUCAACUAUUGUCAGGAUGAAAUCGAUUCCGUUUUCGACAUCAAUUUUCCAACCAAAUAACAGAUUUAUUUUAGAAGUCGCGAUGACGCAUUGAAACUUGAGUCUUUCAUUGAAAUUUGUUGAAUUAAUUGUUUAAUUUUAACAAAAAAAACUUACGGUGAUAAUUUUUGGAGAAAAACACUUCAAGCAAGAAAUUGCAAUACCUAGCAGAAACUGACGAAUAAAAAUGGAAAAGCAUACAUCUUGAAUACGUCAUAGAAUUCUCUUCGCAGAGGAAACGAAGAAAAUACUAACAGUCGAUAAUUCAUCGGGAAGCAGUGAAGAAUCAAUUAAAUCAGCCACUUAACCAAAUCUGAAAUUCUCCAUCAAAGUUCAUUUUUUACUUUCCUCGAAAACAUUGAAGAAUUCAGUCCCAAUGUGCGACAAAAUGAAAAAAAGAAUUUUCUGCUUCCUAUAAUUCCUACCAAUUAGUUAUCUUUGUUUAGUCGGUAUGUUUGUAUUUAAAAAGUAGCAUCAAUUAUAGAACGCAACAAACGUUUUUUUUUGUGGCCGAAAUUGAAAAUGAUUGUAAUUUGAGCUGUUCUUCUUACCAUCUGAAUUAUUCGAUUGUUACUUCCUAACUCAUUUUUUGUUAUAUUUUUUCACUUCCUAUUCAAUAGAUUCUUUUUUGUCUCAUUUUUACUCAUUUUUUAAAUCAUCAAAAUUUACGAAAUAAAGCGUUACUGUACGUAAUGAAAGUGAUCCAUUAUUUAUUUCCGUUGACCAGGACGUCCAUAGUCGUCAGUGACCAUUCUUAAAACCAUUAUUAUUAAUUUAUGAAGCUGUUAGUCGAAAAUAAUGCGCCAUACUUCUUAUUUUGAGCAGAAUGAUCGCCAAAUUUGAAAAGUCUACCAAUUAAUUUCAGCAAAAAGAAAUAUUAUACAUUUCAAAACAAGAUAACUAGCAUUUUUUGCAGCGAAGAAUCUAUUUAAAGCUUAUGGUAAUAAUAAUAAAUACAACACGUUUUCCUUUUUUGACACAAAAGCCAACUCAGUGGGUCCUUGCUAACCUUUUCCACAAUUCUCACUAUCAGAUUUCAAUUUUGCUGAGAUUCUAUCUGAUUUUAUGUUUCUUGAAAUUAAACUCUGACAGAAUUUUUCUUUCAGAUCCCAUUUCUUUGGAUCCCAAAUUGACCCGAAGUUUACCUCACGUUCAUCUGAAUUGAAUUCAAGUUAAGUUGCAGAGUUAUCCCUGCAGUUUUCCUGGGCCAAAGUUGACCUCAAAUUACCUGCAACAUGAUAGCACACAUUCUGAAGGCGUUGAUUUCUGUGCAGACAGCUUCGGAUGGGGACUGGGUAGACAGAUUGAACCAUAGAUUCACGGCCAUGAUUCUGGUCGUCUUAGGCAUUUUAGUGUCCACGAAACAAUACGUGGGGGAUCCUAUCAACUGCUGGACUCCUGCCCAGUUCAACAGGGAGUGGGUGGAGUACACGAAUAACAUCUGCUGGAUCUCCAACACCUACUAUCUGCCCUUCGAGAACACAAUCGAACAGGGCAAGGCAGAUGGCAAAGUGCUACACAUCAAGUACUACCAGUGGGUUCCCAUCAUUCUCGCCUUACAAGGACUCCUCUUUUACAUCCCCCGAACAGUAUGGCGUGCAUUUUGUGUGGCAGCUGGCAUAGACAUCGACAAAAUAGUAAACACAGCCACCACUUUUGAAUCAGUCCUCAAUCCAGACCUCUGGACAAAGACAGUCCGAUACCUCGCCAAGCACUACGACAGGUACCUGGACGCCCAGAGAGACAUCGGGCAUGGUGCCAUCGCCAGGCUUCGUCUACUUGCUUCCCGCCUAUUUUGCGUAUGUUCACGUCGAUACGGCAACUACCUGAACGUGUUCUACAUCUUCACCAAAUUUCUUUAUCUUUUCAAUGUGUUCGGACAACUUUUUCUACUUGGUCACUGGUUGGGCGAUGGAUACCAGACUUAUGGACUGACAGUCGCCCAAAACAUUUUCCAGGGUCAUGACUGGACUGCAGAUGGUCGGUUUGCCAGGGUCACUUUGUGUGACUUUGAAGUUCGUCAAGUCGGCCAGAAUGUGCAAUACACAGUGCAGUGUGUGUUGAGUAUUAAUCUGUUCAACGAGAAGAUCUACCUGUUCGUGUGGUACUGGCUAGUGUUCGUCGCCAUGGCAACCACAGUCAACACUGCCCAGUGGAUCGUCAGAACCAUUUGCCUUGCCGACAGAAUGGGCUAUAUCAAGAAGCACCUGAAGUUCAUGGACAGAUACAACUCGAUGGAGGAUCGGAAGAUGGUGAGGAGGUUCGUCAACAUCUACCUCCGCCCAGACGGGGUCUUCAUGAUCAGACUGCUGAGCAAGAACACCAACAGCAUCAUAGUGAGUGAACUGGUGGCACAGCUAUGGGACCAGUACCUCAAGAAACCAGACCACGGUCAACACCAGCACGGUAAAAGUAAUCAAAACAACAUGAACUCCAACAACCAUCACAACAAUAACAACUUAACUCACGGGUCCAAUAAUCCGAACAGCAAACAGGCCGAAAUGGCUAAAAUGAGACCACCCGGGAGCCAUCAUCACAUGGGGAGCAACAAUCACUUCAACCAUAUCCCCGAGAACGUCUACCACCGGAAAACAUUCACAGAUCACGACGACGGAAUUGUCGAUGUUUGAUUCGUUAUUUUGUAAAAAAUAAUAAUUAGCGCUGGUUAAGUGUUAGCUGAUAUACUAGACGCAACGUACCUUUAUAGCAUAAGGCUAAAAAAAUUCAGCGAGUGAUCUCUAUAUCAU